AUGGCGAUCAGCAAGUGUGCGUCCCAGCGACCUUACACCGAAAGAGACAGUAUAAAGCUAACAGUGGAGGGAGAACCUGUUGAACAGGUCAGUAACUUUGUUUAUCUUAGUGCCAACAUCAGUGGGGAUGGUACCAUUGACCGAGAUCUUGACAUCAGGAUCCAGCAUGCUAAUGGUGCGUACCAUCAGCUUUGGAAGAUAUGGAAAAGUAGAACUAUAAGAACGCCCACCAAGAUCCGUAUCUACAAGGCUACUGUUAUUACUAUUCUGUUAUAUGGAGCUGAAGUCCGGAACACAACAAAGAAGCAGAUGAAACGGUUCGAGGUCUUCCAUCUGACCUCCCUGAGAAGAAUCUUGAAGAUAAAGUGGUUCUUCCAUGUCUCCAAUGAAGAAGUUCUCAGGCGUGCUGGAAUUAAGACUAUUGAAACUUUCAUCGGCUGGAUGGCCUGUGUACUCGAGGAUGCGGCUGACUUUAAAGGUGUCGAUAACAUCAGCAGAGACGCAGUAAAACAGUUAGCUCUAAAACGAGUGGAAUGGAGGAACAUGUUACACCGUAGAAGAGAUGUGUGUGAUGCAGGCCACUCCUACGAUUAG